CUUCAAUAUUAGGUUUGUUGGUCCUUGGGGAGGCCGCCAAAUUAAACUUGUCCUGCUUGAAGGUUUUAAUGGACCUAGUGAGAGAUUUUAUUUCAAGCUCUAUGUCUCUUCAGAAGCAGGAAGAGAGGUCCAUAACUUAUCUACCAUCCUGGCCCUGGGAAAUAUGCUACAUGUACAUCUGUGUGCUCCGAGACAUUUGUUUAAGUGCUAAUACAUCAGAUUUACAAAAAACUGCUUUUCUUGGAUUUUGUGAUUGCAAAAAAACAUCAGAACAUCCAGAUGAAUUAAGAGGAGCAAGUUUUUUUGACCUUUUGCAAUAUAACCUUUCACAAACUCCAGCAGAUGGUGAAGAUCUAUUCUGGGUUAUUCGCUAUGGUUUGGUUCACAAUCUAGUUAUGAUGUGCAGUGAACUCAGUGGGGAUGUGAGCCGAGAAGGAUUAAGGAAUGCAAUGUGGAAAGCUUUACAGAAACAAAAGAACAGUAUAAAGGAUGACAGAAUCCUGACAGCUGUAACAGUAGCUGAGGAUGAGGCAAAGGCUCUAGCAAACCCUUUAAUUAGUUCAAGUGGAAAAGCACCAUCAGCUCCCAGAACCAUAAUCUCCUUCCACUGUAUAGGCGGGCGAAUUGCCAGUGCAAUGUGCCAGUUCUUUUUACCACCCAUUGGCCCCAACAUCCCUCUGUCAAACAAACCUGUAAAGAAGCAACCUUCACCACAACAUCAAGACUCAAAGCAGACCCAUAUGGAAAAAAAACCUGCACAUCCUUCUUUAAGGUCUGCAGAAUGGUGCCCAGGAAUGUCAGUUAAAUCUUUUAUACUCCACACUUUUGUUUUGUCUCUUCUCUGUGGUGUAGUUCUUAAUUCUUCAGCUGUCCCUAUAAUUCUUAGUGUAAAUGGACAGUGGUAGAUAAGUCUUGUGGAAUUGAUAGAAAUUAACAGAACUGUUUACACAAAUUCAUGCACAAAUGGAUAUGCCUACCUACAAAACUUGUGUACAAAUGUUCAGAGGUAAGUAGGAAAUUAUUAUUGUUCAUUGUAUUAUUUUCUUUGAAAGGGGAAGAAAAAUCACAUGUAACACUCAUUCUGACUUUUGAAUACAAAUGAAAUGUUGACUAGAUAUUCAAACCAAUUUUGCCUGCCAUACUUGAUUUUGCUAUGUAUCUUUCAGUUGCCGUAGUACACUAACUUAGUUAAUAAUAGUAAAAUCUCCUGAAGAUGAAAGGCAUUGUAUAAUUGUUGCUGUUGUAUAAUUAAGAAGUUGCUUUCAUUUUGUAGUGCCCCAUUUUCCUUAAAAUAAAAAGCACACCCACAA